AUGGAUUUUGCUCCCGAGCUGCCGACUCCGCAGGGCCAGUCAGUCAAACGCCGUCGUGUGGCUCUAGCCUGCGAUGCAUGCAGAACUAGAAAAUCAAGGUGCGAUGGCCGCCGCCCCAAAUGUGGAAUGUGCGAAGACCUAGGCUUCGAGUGUGCCUAUACGCCGUCGACAACUACCACAAAUAUAAUCGUGCAAAAAGAUUAUCUGAGAGACCUUGAAGAGCGCGUUAAAUCGCUAGAAACCAGCAUGGCCACCGUCAAGUCUGAUCUCUCUGGCUUUGCGUCGCAAAUUAAUGGAAGCAUGCCUGAUGCCCCUAGGAAGGAGAAUCCCUUGAGUAACCAGAGUGAACGAUUUUCCGACUUUGCUGGCACCGAAGACACAAUCGAUGCCAUGGGCGCUGUUGCAUUUGCCGACGAGGAAGAUUGUGGGUUCUUUGGUCCCUCAUCGAACAUUGCCUUCCUCCGCCAUCUCUCAUGUGCAGUGGCACAUAGCGCAAGCGCGCAGAAGGAAAUCACCUCUCCUCCGUUGGAUCGCGUCGCUUACGACGGGGGCUUUGUCAGUGCUACACGACCUUCAUCUCCUUCUCAUGAUCAGCGGCCCGAGAGUCUCGAGGGCGAGAAGUUUGAUAAAUUCGCGCUGCCGCCUCCCGAGGAGUCAUUGGCGCUCAUCCAUCGUUAUUUUGCCGAUACUGGGCUUCUCUUCCCUUAUAUCCAUCCACCUACAUUCUUCGAGACCUACGCUGAACUCAAGGACAAUUCAAAGCGGGUCCGACGCACAUGGCUUGGCUUGCUGAACAUAAUACUUGCCAUGGCGAAGCUAACAGCUGUUUCGGGGACGACAUCUGCAGAGACGGGAAUUAGCGAGUCAGCUAUUUAUUAUCACCGGGCGCUGAGCCUCUGCAAGGGAGAGAUUUUACGCGGCACGACACUAGAAGUUGGUAGGUACAGCAUCUAUGCUCCGGUUAGGGCUCGAGUGCCCGUGUAUUUGCGUGCCACUAAGAUCAACACAGUGCAGUAUCUCCUGGUCAUGGGCCAGUAUCUUCAAGGGACGCAGAAGUCUGUUCAGGCGUGGACAAUCCAUGGGUUAGCCGUGAAGGCUGCACUUCAACUCGGGCUUCAUUCAAAGGGCGCCUCGAGGGCUUUCACCCCGCUGGAACAAGAGGUCAGAAAGCGAACGUGGUUUGGAUGUGUCGUGUUAGAUCGUGUUCGUGCUAAUCUUUUCCUCCUCAACCGGAAAACAAUUCAGCAGGCUAACAUCAGGGUCAGUACACUGUACAAACAAAUCGCUAACAUUAUUGAUCGAAUAUAUGGGCAAAAUCUUGGAUGCGAUUCUCCCUUAUCUAUAGGUGAAACUGUCGGCCGUGUCCUCGGCAUAGAAAACCAACUCUUCUCCUGGGUAUUAGGACUCCCGGAGAGUCUCCGCCAAGUGACGGUCCAAAGCAUGCGAGAGGAGAUUGAGCGCUCAGAAGUAGGAGACGAGGGCCAUCACAAGCUCUAUCCGCUGAAGUUUCGUAUCAUUUUAACACUGCGAUAUUUCCACGUUCAAAUACUCCUACAUAGGCCCAUCCUUGUCAAGUUCCUAGACGCAACAGGGCCUUCCGGACUCGAAGCAGACGAGGUCAAGCUCCUGAAUGACAUCGGCUACAGUAGCAUGAACAAAUGUGUCGACUCGGCAAUGGGGAUCAUCGACAUCAUCCAUGAACUUGUUUCGACUACUGGAUGGCAGAAAGACCUUCUUGGCGCUUGGUGGUACUCGUUAUACUAUACAUUCAAUGCCGCCCUGGUUAUCAUUGGGGCCAUGUGGGUCCAACGUAACAGGGACACGUCUGAGGAUCCAGUCGACAAUGGAGGGAACAACAACAACAUGGAUAUCUACCUAAGCCGCGCUGUUUUAACAUUGCAGAACCUUAACGUUGGAAACCGCAUGGUAGACCGCUGCAAAUACUACCUGGACCAGCUAAUCACUUUGCUGGGUCUACAAGCGGAUAGAAUCGCGGAGACCGGGAUCAUCUCGGGCAUGAACAAUCCGGUGGCAGGAAAUUCAACCACCGGCUUCGAUUUUCCUUCGCUUGGUAUCGAAUGCGGGGAGUUUAUGAUAGAUGACUUCUUUCCAGGCUUUGCCCGGGGGUCGGGGUUUGAACGGUGGUAG